AUGGACGGUGUCCCGAGCGGUAGAUUAUCUACUUGCAGAAAAUAUUUCUUUGUCGGACUUGCUUUCCUUCCAUUUGUUUGGAUUGUCAACACUAUUUGGUUUUUCCCUGACGCUUUUCUGAAACCAGCGUCUAACGAGAGAAAGAAAUUCCGUCUUUAUUUAUCUUUGAGCUUUAUAGGCGCUCUUAUUUGGAUUAUCGGCUUGAUAUCCUGGAACAUAAUCUACCACCAAAAUAGAAUCUCUUGGGGAUCUCUUGGUGAUCGUCUCUCAUUCAACAUUCCACCCGGAGAACUCUAUGUGAUAUUUUGGAAUGAGGAGGAGAUCAUGCCUCGAAGUAUUCUUCUAAUCUCUUCUGGAGCCGUUGGCGAUCGUUUGCUCUUUUGGCAGUCCACAAUCUCUCCUCAAAACUCAUUUCAACACGAUCCCUCUGAAUCCAGAUUUAAGAGCCAGGGUUCUACCGUUUCCCACUCACCUGUAAAUAGUCCUCAGGGUGUCAAUUCAACGGUAAACACUCGAAAAAAGAAAUUUCGCUAUCCUAUCGUUUCCUUUGAGGGAGUAUUAUGCUCUUCACCGGCUGUUGGCGCAACAGGGACACCGGCGUCCUCCCUCGUAAUUGGCUCUCCUCACCAGUCCACAGGAUCAAUCUCAACUGGGUCAGGUGUAGAUGCUGACGUCGCCAAAUCUCGUCCCACUGCACAGCGUCAUUCGCUGGCUACAACAAUAACUCCUGGUAACGUUUCAUCACCUACCACGCCUGGAGCUGUUAGUGGGUACGCGAGUGGCGUUUCAGGGGCGACGGGCUCAGGUCCAGGCACUUCGGCUGUAGCUCCCACGGAAAUGAUUGUCGAGGAUGUGCCUGUGAGCUCUCUCCUCAGUCUUCUACAUCCCGCCACCAAUGAGCUCCAACACAAAAUCUACGUCAAGUUGAGUGCCAAAAUAUUUGUUGGAGUGGCAUUCAGUCUCACGAAGGCUGUCAUGGAAACUAAUGGAAUCUCCGUUGUGACUCAUUCAUCGCCACCGACUAAUUAUCGACACACAGCGGAUCCCACUUCUGCUGCUAGUAGUUGCUCUGCCACCACUCCGGUAGAGGCACUAACCAAACAGUCCGUGGAUUUCGCUAGCAUUACCAAUUUUCUUCAUCUCAUCAAGGUGGCGCCAUCCCCACCUCUUAGUACUGAGUGCUGUGGCCAGGCUCCUCACUGCAGCACGCUAUUUGGAAAUUGUGCGGGUGGAAAAGCUUGCGCCAAGACUGUCAAUCAGUCUGUCUCAAGUUUCGCCAUUGUCUUUGCUCUUAACGAGGCCGCUCCGCCGUGUGUCCAGUCGCACUUCACAGAACUUGCUCGACAGGUAGGAGCUCAAAUACGUCGAUCAGAACUAUUUUGGCAGUACUUGAAUGGAGAACGUGAAAAGAUUUCCGCCAUUCUUGAUCGCUAUGCUGGAAUAUUAAGUGGCGGGGAGAGUCAGUCUGAAUCGAAUUCUUCCGGAGCCGAAGCAAAGGACGAGGCUGUAGAUUCAAUUGCUUCAAGCUCCACUACGGCAAAUAAUGAGACGGUGGCAUCGGGACUGUCGACAUCAAAUUCUCCUCUUAUGAAUUCUCACAAACGGACUUCAAUUGACAGCACUAUGGAGGAAGAUGAUGGUAACCUUAAACUCGACAAGCUAAAGGAUGCUGAGACUUCAAGCCAUUGCGAUCCGUAUCGCGUAUACGGACACAUAGCUAAAAAGUCGCAACUCUGUGGUGAAUUAGCACAAAUUUUAACUCAGGUGACUUCAAGUGGCCGAGUGAAUGUCAAGAUCUACAAUAAGUACUCCGUGUUUUUUUGUCUGCCCUUCAAAGCCUAUGGUAUUAUGCCUUUUGGAAUGAAAAUGAUAACCACACCUCGGCCAUGUUGGCCGGCUAUCAGACCGGGAGCUGUGUGGCGGGCGAUGCAGCGACUCAGACCCUACCACACGCUUCUUCUAACUACGCGGAAACGCUUCCUGCAUAGUUAUGCUGGGUCAUUUCCUGAGGAUGUGAAUCAGUCCCUUGAGAGUUUCGUCGAGGAUUUAUCACCGCUUUCCAGCUUGGCUUCGAUGUCGAAUAGGGGUCAUUCACAGGAAGAUUGCCUUAAAGUGGCUCUUUGGCUGAUCUAUCACGGUCAUGCCAUCAUAAUCUCACCCAUUGUGUCCACAAAUGCCUACACACUAGCACCACUGUCACACUAUUGGCUUCAACCCAAGGUCAUUGUUCAAUUCGCUGCUCAGUUCCCCAAACUCAAUUUUGCCGAGGUGCUUGCGUCCUUUUCUGAUUACUACACUCUUGGCGAGCGAUUUAGUGGUGAAUCUCCUGCAAAAUUUUGGUCGAAACUGAGCUCAACGGAAUGUGCGGAUCUUGUAGCGUGGCUACUUCGUCGAAGAUUGAUAAUUCAACUUCACACAUAUAUCCUUCCACUCUUCCCACGCUCUGAGGUUGGGAAGGGAUCUGAGGCAUCAGUGGAGGCAUUGGACGAUUCCACGGAGUGUGAGUUUGUUCGAAUUCAUGCAAAUUGUGGGGGUGAAUUACUUCAAAAAGCCUUGCCAACAGAGGCUUCACGACAUUUAAUAUUGGAACACUAUCGCGAGACAAUUCAACGUUACCCCGAUAUGCUCCAUCUCUUCCUUCGUCUUCUAUCGCACCUUCCUGCCCACAUCGAGGAACUGAUGUUUCUGGAAUUUGUUGAUCGGCGGACACUGAUCAAUUGCAUUCAACUCUUUUCCACCUUCCUCAUGACCGUGAGACUUCCUGAUCCGGUUACAGCGUGUUUUGCAGGAGUUGAAUGGUCCCAUUAG